AUGUCGGCUUCAUGGCUCCUUUGCUUACUGGUUGCAUCCAACACAUCUCUCUCCCGCGCUGGUCCAGGGCUGGCCUGGGUGGGCAUCAACGGCGGUUUCAGUGAAGACUACUUGGACAACAAAGGACGGCUGUGGCAUCAUACCAAAGAUCCAUGGACGCCCUCAAAUUGGGGUGGAUGGUUAGGAUCAGAACCCAGGGACUACUCCAACGCAUGGGGCACGGUCCGGAUGAAGUGCAAGAAUUGGCCGCCGGACUAUGAUGAAGACUAUGAGGCUCUUCUGCAUCAUUACAGCAUAGAAACUGGAAACAACCAGACCUUCCGCGUCAAUCUUCAAGACCCUACGGAGACCGUCAGUUAUUACACAGUGAAGUACAAUUUCUGUGAGAAGCAGUGGCAUGGCGGUGGCAAAAUGGACAUCCUGAUCAAUGGAAAGGUUGUGAAGAAAGACUACAUCACCAAAUGCCACCACACCCGCACGGACAUCUAUCAUUUUAAAUGCGUUCCAACCCUGGCCGGUAUGAUAGAAGUCAGUAUCCAAGGAGAUCCAAGCGUCAAAGGAGGACAGGCGAGAUUCUCCACCUUGGAAUUUGAAAAAUCUCAGGAUGGCUGUGGUGACUGUGAUGGUCUGCUUUGUGGGAAAGGUUUCUGCAGCUCUUCAACUUUCUACGAUGUUUCGUCGAAGUGUGACUUCGGCAACGAGGGUAUGGUCAAUGAGUUCGAGCUUGAAGAAGCCCAAAGCACUGCACCAGCCUGUGCAUGUGACCAGAAUGUAAAUGGCCAUCAGUGUGAGUUGGGCGCAUGUGCCACCGUUGCUUGCAACGAGCCUCUGGGUGGCUUCUGUGUUGAAAAUGGCCAAUGUCACUGCAUCGAGGGCCACUCCGGGACUCAUUGCGAGGUGGCACCUGACGUGGACAAGUUUGGCUGCUAUUCUCGUCAUGAGGAGGUUUCAGAUUACUUGGCGGUCUCUACAAUAUGCAUGCCGGAGCUGAUUGCAGGCCCAGCAAGGCAUGGACACAUCUUUCGCGGGCCCUCGCCGAUGAACGCAGUGGCAGACCGGAUCCAGGCCGACACUGUGUACUUCUCCUGGACAGCUGACUAUGAGUAUGGCAAGCGCGAUGCUAUGGGCGGCGAGGGACGUGUGUACGUCAGCAAACUCAGGACCCCAUGGAAGCAGCAAGCCAUCCUGGAAGAGAACCUCGCUUUUGAUGGCUUCGCACGCGCCGGUGGCAUCGAUGUCACCGAGGAUGGGAUUGUCGGCACCCUCUGCGCUAAGUACUGGCAUCCCUGGGUGGAGAACACAGGCAAAGGCACAAGCAAUGCUGCCAUGGUUUUAGCAGUCUGCGAAGUGAACGGUACAAGCAUGAAACCUCACAGAACGCCUUGGCAAAUCGGGAAGCAGUACCAGGCUGAUGCAACGGUGCCAAACACAGGGAUAUGGGGGAGUUUCCCCUUGUCAGCCUGGUUUGCGCAGCGCUCAGCCGGUUAUGGCUAUCUGGUGUAUUCUGCUGCGCACCAACUGUGGACGGCCUGGUAUGGGGCAACGGUUGGCUCUCAUACUGGCUUUGCCAUGCAUACCUACCAUCGGGGAGCACCUGGAGUCAGUGAAGAGGAGUACAAGGAGUAUGUCCAUCCCGUGCCGCGCGAUCAGGUGGAACCGCGUAAGGAGGCGUCCGGACCAUGGAGGGACCACCACCGAACAGGCACAGGUGAUCACCAGGCUUCAGCUGCUAUGCGGUACCAUCCCAAGCUUCAGGACAUUGGGUUGCAGAAGCACACGCAUGGGGCUGUGUACAUGCAGCAGUAUGGUCUGAGCACUCCCAAGGGUGCCUUUGCCCCGCCCGGCCACAAGACAGGGCGCCUGGAACUGGUUGUGGGCAACGACACUGGACUGCAGGCAAACGCGCUGAGACCCUGUGGUGAGGACUGGCUGGUGGCGAUCAUCGCAACUAGCGGCAACGUUUGCGCCAAGAUCUCGCAACUCGGGGAGAUCAUCACCUGGCGAGUUGUCGAAGCGUCAGUGGGCAAGAUGCCCUGUGGCUCCAACGGUGGCAACUGCGGAGACCAGGCGCCUGGACGGAUGCUCCGCCUUGCCAAUUUGGGGAGUCCAGAGCAGGAGGCCCGCUGCGGGCCAGAUGCACGCUUUCUCCUGGGCUUUGAAAAGGAAGAUCGGUCGAGAUGGCUUGUUGAGCUGGAUGGCGACUGCAAUGAAGUUUCAGAGAGGAUGGAUGUGACACGGCACACACAUUGGCCUCUAUACCAAGACUGGACGACAACGUCCGAAGGUGCCGUGGUAUGGGUUUCGAGCUGGCACGUUGAUGCUGAUGGGCGCUUUGGACCUCCUGGCAGCCCCAACGGUGUUUGGCCAUAUUCCCCAAAGCCUCAGAAUGAGGAGGCAGAGCACCUUUUCGGCCUCACGCCCGGCGCAACAAACGUUGCCAAAGUGACAGUGUACUAUCCAAGAACCAUGCCGUCCUCCUCGACAACUACCACGCUUGCGGUAUCGACUUCCACGUCAGUCACGAUUCCUCCAGAUGUCAACGAUUUCUUUCCAGCAGAGGGUCUCGACCGCGCUUGCCGUGGUGCAAAUAUUCAGGACAACAGUGCCAGUUACUACUCAGUGGUGACCGCAUCCUCCUUGCAAGAAUGUCAGCGCGCUUGCAUCGGAGUGCCUUUGUGCACUGGAGUGGAGUAUUCUUCAGGGCGCUGCGAAGUUUGGACACGGCCGGGAGGGAUCCGAGCCACCAAAGCCCUGAAAGGCUUCAGCUGCUUGCGCUACGAGCCCCCUGGUGCCUUUGCCUUCUCUGCGCCUGAUGGUGGCUUUGGACGUGCAUGCCGAGGAGCGGACUCCACGGAUAAUUCCGCAUCCUACAUGGUGGUAGCGACCGCUGGCAGCCUCUUCGAGUGCAAGGCCCUCUGCCUGAAGAACCCGGAUUGCAAGGGCAUUGAGUUUGGCUCUCACAUGCGGCGCUGCGAGCUGUGGACUCGAGCGGAGGGCAUUCAGGCUACUGAGGCCGUUUCCGGAUUUACAUGCUUGACUCGUUUGACACCCUUCCGGGCUUUGACCGGGGAUGGCAACAAUCAGGCCUGCCGAGGUGCACACAAAAGUGAUAAUUCCGGAGCUUACUACACUGUGGUCCCUGACGUUAGCCUGGAUGCUUGCAUGUGGUCCUGCGUCAUGAGGGCGGACUGCAAGGGAAUCGAAUUUUCUUCUGGACGCUGCGAGGUGUGGACUCGCCCUGGAGGUAUUGAGGCAACCCUCCCACUCACUGGCUUCACUUGUAUGCUCUACACGCAAACAGCCUCAUCUCCAGCAGCACUGAACACAAAGUCCCGUCGCCAGCACUUCUUGGGCCCUGCCUUUCUGCAAAAGACUUGGAAGCCCUUCCGAACAGCGCUGCCGCCACAGGCAGGAGGCACUGAGCUCUAA